AUGUCUAUGGUCCUGACACGAUCGCCACUGGAAGUCAUUGGAAUGAACGGAGGCGGUACGCAGAAGAGACGCAGUGCGCGACUUCCGCACGAGGGCGAGGCAGGGAAUGAGCCACCUGCGAAGAGGUCGAAGGCCAAUGGAGUCAGCACCACGACCAUCAAUACGAAGCAGCAAGAUGGCGACACUGCAAAAGCUCCAUCGAAGAAGGGUCGUAAGGUCUACGACCAGGACGACGAAGGAUUCAGUUUCACGAAAGGGAAGCGGAGCAAGGCAAAGGGAGCCAAGGAGACCGAGAAAGCCACGAGUGAGAAGCCGAAAGGUGCUCCCAUUGUUCCAGCGGAGCCAUUCAGCAAUGCACCAGUGUUGCUGCCAAGUAAAGAAGACAAGCCUGUGAAGACCGCGCAACGAAAGACUCGUCGGAAGCUUCCAGCAACACCCGAGCGCGAGGUAGCGGAGAAGGUGGUACGGAGGAGCAAACGGCUGUCCAACGACAAUGAAACAGCUCCUGGUGCGCCAGAGGAAUCAUCACUGCAGGAGCCUGCUCCUGUGAAGCCACAUCGAGAUGUCCAACGAGCUCUAGACCCGGAAAAGGCGCAACCUCUUACCGUUGAGAAGAAGCGCAAGCAUGGAGUCAAUGGAGUAGAGGAAGAAAAGGUCAUGACGAUCUCUCUUCCUUUCGCAGACACGCCCGUGAUUCGCAGGAACAAGGAGAUGAGAAAGAACAGCGCCGAAGGCCAUCGGAGGAGCAGUGCUGGCAUGCGUGGCAAACGUGCGAGCAGUCUAAUUGACGAGGGCAGAGGUCAUGCUCUACCACACCCCGAAGUCCCCACCUCAGAAUUCUUCAAACAUAUAUCAGCCGAUCUUACAGAACCACGACGCAUGCGCUGCUUACUUGGCUGGUGUGGCACCAGAUCCUUACGCUUAAAGCCCGACCCGCCGCAGGAAAGCAAUACGCAGCUCAGCUCUGAGCUUCAAGCUUCGCAGAUAGCGUGUGCAAUCCAGGACGAACUUGCUCAGGAUCUGAUCACGAGAGGCACGCUCAGCGACUGGUUCUCGCGAGACGACUCUGUGCCUCCUCAAAUACCAUUGCGAAAGAAACCGAACCCAAGGAACCUAACGAAUGCUGCGAAAGCCGAAGAAUUGGAGAAAGAGCUCGAACGGCUAACAGCUGAGCGUGCUGAAUGGGACAAAGUAGCUCAAUCGGCGGCAACACUCAGUACACAGCCCGAAUCAAGCACUGUGGACACAGGACAAAUGUCACCAGUACGACUCGAUGUGCUGGACAGUCCGCAACGCCAUAUUCUUGAACAGCUCCAACAACCCGAAACAGAAUCAGCUAUACAACCAGAAACGCUUCACGAACGUUUGAAAUCGAUAUCCCAAGACCUUGAGUUUUCGGUCGAUCAGUUCGCGCAUGGAAUACACGCUCUCAGUACUGCGCGGGAGACUGCAGAGCGCAUUGCAGAGCGUUCCUUGGCCGAUGCAGCGCAUGUAUUGGAAGAACGAGACAAGCAGCGAGCUUCCACGUCGAAUCCUGUUGAUCAGAUGGAUGUACUUAGAGGUCUCGCCAGAGUGUUGAAUACACAGUAUAGAUAG